GUGUUAAUAAGUGCUUAGUGUUUGUGAUAUUAAAUAAAUUAUUUGGAUAACUAAAAAAUUUUUUGGAGCUUAUCAUUGAAAAUGUUGGUACCACCAGAUUCUCAAUUAGGCGCUUCAAAACUGCUCUUUCAUAUUAAUAAAUAUUGCAAUGAAAGAGUUGUCUAUCGUAGGGGACAAAUUGCUAAAACUAUCCGUGAGAUCACCAAAAUAGUUCAGGAUGUGCUCAAGGAGGUCGAAGUCCAGGAGCCCAGAUUCAUAUCCAGUCUCACUGAAUGCAAUGGCCAUUAUGAAGGUCUGGAAGUGAUAUCACCGACAGAAUUCGAGGUAGUCUUAUAUCUAAACCAAAUGGGAGUUUUCAACUUUGUUGACGACGGCUCACUGCCGGGAUGUGCUGUCUUGAAGCUAUCUGAUGGUCGAAAGCGAUCGAUGUCUUUAUGGGUUGAGUUCAUAACAGCGAGCGGUUACUUAAGUGCACGUAAAAUAAGGUCUCGAUUUCAGACAUUAGUAGCACAAGCAUGUGAUAAGAGUAAUUACCGCGAUUUGGUCAAAAUGAUUGCCGACACCAGUGAAGUCAAGUUAAGGAUUAGAGAGAGAUAUAUCGUUCAGAUCACACCUGCGUUUCGGUGCAGUGGCCUUUGGCCUCGUUCGGCGGCACAUUGGCCAAUGCCGACUUGCCCCUGGCCACCUCCUAAUAUUGUUGCUGAAGUCAAGGCUGAGGGCUUUGAUUUGCUCAGCAAAGAUUGUGUAUCACUUCAAGGUAAACAAAGCUCUAUGGAAGGGGACGCCUGGGUUCUCAGUUUUCUUGAGGCAGAAAAUAGAUUGCUUCAGGGCGGAUGUCGUAAGAAAUGUCUUUCAAUAUUAAAAACACUUCGCGACCGUCACUUAGAUUUGCCGGGACUGCCCGUCAAUGCCUAUCAUUUGAAGACACUAUUAUUAUAUGAGUGUGAGAAACACCCCCGAGAGGGUGAAUGGGAUGAAGUGUGUUUGGGUGACCGCAUCAAUGGUAUACUACUGCAACUCAUAUCAUGUCUACAAUGUCGUCGCUGUCCACACUAUUUUCUGCCUAAUCUCGACUUAUUUAGGGGAAAGUCUCACAGUUCACUGGAAAAUGCAGCGAAGAUGACCUGGAGAUUAACCCGAGAGUUACUAACAAACUCUAAAUCAUUUGAUAAGCUGUAGGACAGACAGCUCUCAUGCCAUGAAUGGACCAGAAGUUAAUGUUUUUUUUUAUUUAUAUCCGUUUAACAAACAAUUAUUUUAGAUCUCGUUAUUUAAAUAUUCAUAUAUAUAUAUAUAUACAAG